GUGAUAACGCAGGUUUGGAGUUGCAGGCAUGAGACGUCUAACUAUUUGCGCUUCUGCACGUCCAGCAACAUCGGCAAUAUUGUGAAGUUUAUUGAACCCGUUACCUUGACAGUCCUCAGUACUUCGUUAUUUACCUCGUUUUUCUGCAGGAAUUGUACUGACAGCGGCACCGACAUGGAUCUGAGUAACAUGAGAAAGAGCUAUAAGAGCGAUCAGGAGUGUUUUGAGGAGGAUCAGCUUGCUUCUUUAGAUCCAAUUAAGGAAUUCGGCAGCUGGUUUGAUCAAGCCACUAAAUGCCCUGAGGUGGGAGAAGCCAAUGCAAUGUGUCUUGCAACAGCCACCAAGGAUGGUCACCCCUCUGCACGCAUGGUUCUUCUAAAAGGCUACAGCGAGGAGGGAUUUCGCUUCUUUACCAACUAUGAGAGUCGGAAAGGUACAGAGCUGGACAGCAAUCCCCAGGCCUGUCUUGUAUUUUACUGGGAACCAUUAAACAGACAGAUUCGCAUUGAAGGCACUGUAGAGAGAAUCCCAUAUGAGAUUUCACGUGAUUAUUUCCACUCAAGGCCCAAGGGCAGUCAAAUCGGGGCUGUUGUUAGCAGGCAGAGCACAGUAAUACCAAGCCGACAAUACCUGAGAGACAAUAAUGCAGAGCUUGAGGAAAAGUAUAAGAACACUAAUGUACCAAUGCCAGAUUACUGGGGUGGAUACAUUGUAAAACCCCACCUGAUUGAGUUCUGGCAGGGUCAGACCAAUAGAUUACAUGACCGAAUAGUCUUUUUGCGGCCAAAAGAGGGAGAGACUGAGCUGGGGGAUAUGCAGCAUCAAGCUGAGGGAGGCUGGGUAUACCAACGCUUAUCCCCCUAAUAGAGGACAUGCUGUGAAAUCAACAUCACCGUCUGUGACAUCAAUACAUCAUCAUUACUUGACAGCGACUGUCGCAAAUAAUGCCACCAGAGCAUCAACUGACUAGUGAAGACUUAUCAUUCCAUAUUCGUCCUGCAUUCGUAUCGUCUUAACCAAAACCAGAAGGGAGAUUUAUGUUGAUAACUGCAUACAUGAUUUUAUGAAUAUAAAUCAUGUUGCAUUACAAAAUGGUGCUUCGUUGCAGCAUUUUUAAGCCUUCAAGACGGACCUCAACACAUUCUUAAUCUACUACUUGUAAGUGCAAAGUCUGUUGACUGCCUGAUGUUUAUUAAUAAUUAAAAAAGCACAGCUGUACUUGCAGCCGUAAUUGUAGUUUCAGAAAACAUAGACUUUGGACUUCUGUCACAACAAGAAACACCCAAUAUGUUGCUCUGUUUGAUGUUUUGCACAUCUAUAAAUGUGUUAAUGAUAAACAACUAAAUAGUCUACAAGACAAAUGUGAAAUAUGAUUAGAUUGUGUGUUAAUAAAUGUGCCAAAUGUAAUGUUGAUCUAAAAUAACUGUCUGAAUUUGGCUGUCAUUCUGUAAUGGAUGGGGACUUUUUCUUACAGUAAAUAUACAGUAAUAAACCCGUUUAAUUUUUGCAGCGAUGCUCAUUGUGCUUUUUUGCCAGCAGAUGGCGGUGGCGUUCAAACAACUUUUUGUACUUCUCCACAAUUGAACAUCUCUGCAAUGAAAUAAAAAUCUUUAUUUUGCAUAUUCUAACAAUAACAUUUAAAGAUCUCAGUAAACAAUAGGCAAGUACAAAUUAAACAAGACAAAUUAAAGCUAUAGUUGUGGAGAACCUAUUUCUAACGUGCUGUGACUUUUGACUGUCCUUGCCCUAAUUGAAUAAUUUUAUGAUAAAUGAUCUAAUCAGAGAUAUGCACAACUGAGCGUCCACAACCAUAAAAAACACAUGAUCAAGUGCUAAUCGAAGGGCACAUCAAAUUGCAACCUAAACAACAGUCUGUUUCCCACAGGUUUGAGAUUAGUUAUUACACAAUAAUGUACAUUUUUAUGACCAUUCGCCACAAAAUUAACGGAUUGUGUGAUUUAUAAAUGAGAGUUGGAUAAGGUUUCUGUGUCUUCCUUGUCAGGUUUUUCCCACAGUGAUAAUAAGACAUUUUAUGAGCAUUACAAUAUGGUGUUUAUGAUU